ACUAUCUUGACUCUUGACGUGACGCUCUUUGAUAGAAACUGUGAGACGCUCUAAUUGGCGGCCGUAAAAGAGAAAGGAGGUAUUUAGUGCACUGCGAAGUUUCAUUGGAAGAGAAAGUCGAAGGUUGUUUAGAGCAGUGUUUAUUCUCAAGUAGCUGUCUUUUUCUUUAAAAAAAAAACCAAAUAGAAAAACCUCAACUCUUUGACAAUGGCUUUUACCAAGGGUCCUUCCUACGGAUUAUCAGCGGAAGUCAAAAACAAGAUCGCACUAAAGUACGACAGUCAGAAAGAGGAGGAGCUGAGGGUCUGGAUCGAAGACGUUACCGGCGCUUCCAUCGGCCCCGACUUUCAAAAAGGCCUGAAGAAUGGAGUCAUUCUGUGCGACCUCAUCAACAAACUUGCCCCAGGCUCUGUGAAAAAGGUCAACCAGUCAGCGCUGAACUGGCAUCAGCUGGAGAACCUAACGAACUUCAUCAAAGCCACCACAGCCUAUGGCCUGAAGCCUCAUGACCUCUUUGAAGCCAACGACCUGUUUGAGAACGGCAACAUGACGCAGGUCCAGACGACGCUGCUCGCUCUCGCUAGCAUGGCCAAAACCAAGGGCUGCCAUCCACGGGUGGACAUUGGAGUGAAGUACGCUGACAAGCAGGAGAGGAUGUUUGAUGACGAGAAGAUGAAGGCUGGACAGUGCGUCAUUGGCCUACAGAUGGGGACUAACAAGUGCGCCAGUCAGAGUGGGAUGAACGCAUAUGGCACCAGGAGGCACUUGUAUGACCCCAAAGUUCAAAUCCAGCCCCCAAUGGACAACACAACCAUCAGUCUGCAAAUGGGAACCAACAAGGGAGCGAGCCAGGCUGGCAUGACAGCUCCAGGGACAAGGCGUGCCAUUUACGACCAGAAGCUGGGCACAGACAAGUGUGACAACAGCACCAUGUCCCUACAGAUGGGCUACAGCCAAGGAGCCACCCAGAAAGGCCAGAACUUUGGCCUGGGACGCCAGAUCUACGACGCAAAGUACUGUCCUAAAGCCGGAGAGGUUGCUGAUGAUCAAAAUGGGGCAGGCAUCGCCCGUGACUUCCCAGAUUUCCACGAUGAGGGUUACCAAGGUUACCAGGAAGAAGAGCAGGUGUACCAAGACGAUGGGACAGAUUACUAGAAGGAGGGAGGGAGCUCAGGAAGGGAAAGAGAGAUUGUCUAAAGGAGGCAUGUUCUGCGGAAAGAAACUCCU